UGACCUGCUCGAGACUAUAAAAGUGGCAGCACUGAGCUGUCAACAAGUGCAGACAAAACGAAAUGGUCAACAUAGUCAAACAUCCUCCGAGCAGGAGUGCAAGGAAUCCACUACUCCAAUGCUGGAAGAGCCACCCACUGAAACUAGCCAUUACGAACACCUUCUGGGAGUACACGGAGCGCACCAAGGUGAGCGGCAUGUGGCUUCUGCGGCGCAAUCGCACGCACGGGUUGUCCAGAUUAAUUUGGGCUUCGGUGCUGGUUCAGCUGCUGGGUCUCAGCAUCUAUUUGACUAUGCUGCUCUGGCUGAAGUUCUACUCAUAUCCUAUUCUAAACACCAUUUCAAAUGAGCUGUCUAUUACGGAUGUGGCCUUUCCCGGCGUAACCAUAUGUAGUCCCAAGACGGUAAACACGGAGCGAGUGCAACGCUACGUCCGAACGCUCCAGAUACCUUCGGAUUACGAUGUAGCCGAAGUAGCAGCUGGCUUUGAGUUUCUCAAUGCCUUCACGGAUCAGAGCUUUGUUCCCCCAGCGCAUGAGAGCUACAAGGCAACGGAUGCUGUGCUGCGACUAAACAACGUGUCCAUAUGGGAGGCUGCCAUGGCUGUCAGUCCGGGCUGUGCGGAUUUUGUAAAACGCUGCUUUUGGGGCGUUGGGGAGUUUCCGUGUAAUCAGAGCCAUGAAUACUUGUCCUUUAUACCGACUACUGCAUUCCUUGGUCCGUGCUGCUCUUUCAACUACAAUCCGCGGAAUUCCAGCUUUCUGCCCUUCUCAGCCAACAUCUUUGGCAUGGAUGGGGGCCUCACUUUUAUUGGCGCUGAAGGCUCUGAACGAAACCUAAACACCGGCCUCAUUGUACUUGUCCAUCAUCCGAUGGACUAUGUAACGGAGAAAGCCGCAUCGGUAACUAUAACUGCAAGGUCCGAGAGCUUUGUCGAAGUCUCGCCCACCGUACAGACUUCCUCGACAGAGGUGCUUGAGCUGUCUGAGCGCAAACGAGAUUGCCUCACCUCGGAUGAUGUGCAGCUACGCAACUAUCGCCAGGCAGCCUGCUUGCUCGCCUGCCAGACAGAGGCGAUUGGCAAACGCUGUGGCUGUCAUCCUUACCUCCUGCCCACCGUAAGCAAGAAGUUUAAGGAAUGCAGUCUGAACGAUACCUUCUGCUACGCAUAUAACUAUGACAAUUUCAAGAGUGUUCGUUGUGAUCAAUGCCUCCCCAAUUGCUAUGACGUCACAUACUCAACGCUGUCCUAUAAAACGGAUCUCAAUCUGCAUUCAUUCUCCGUCAGUGGCUUUUACAAGCAGGAGACGCUGAACAACGACAGCUUCAUGCUACGAGUGUAUUUGGCUAAGCAGGUGGUCCCAGUGAUACGCAAGGUGACCGUCAUGUCCUGGGUUGGACUGCUAUCUGACUUGGGAGGCAUUUUCAAUUUGUGCUUGGGCUUGAGCAUGAUUUCCAUCGUGGAGUUCUUCUACUACUGCACUUAUCGCUUGUAUGUUAAUUAUCAACAGCAGAAGCAGCUUCUGGUGAAACAUGCUUGGAAUUAGUCUCGAU